UUGUACAAUGUACUUGUAACUUGUUUAGUUUUUUAAUUCAAUAAUCAAUUUUGUUGAACAAGAAACUUAAUUUUUAAUUAAUAAUAAACCCUGACAAUAAUUGUAACACGUGAAAAAAAUUCUGUACUAUGAAAUUAUCGGUAGUUUUGUUACGUCGUAAUCUUUUGCCAAAUGGUCACUUAUUUAGAGGAAAAGAUAGAUUGGUUAAAAAAGUAGAACUCAAACAUCUUCGUAAACUUGAACGUGAUUUAGAAAUUGAAGAACAAAACAUGUAUUAUCUUCGCCAUCCCUAUCUGACCGAGGCUGAAAGUGCUGGUCAUUCUAAAGCUUUGGGCAAACAGGUUGCAAGGAUGGAAAGGUUUGUUGACACAUCAAGGAAAAUGUUCAAAAAUGAUGUUACCCUAUAUGAGAGGUUAAGUCAUCUGAGAGUUAAAGAAUCUUGGGAUUAGUCUUAAAAUGUGUUCUAGAUUAGCGUUUAUGUAACUGAAAUACAAUAUUAGUUAAAUGUAUUUUA